ACCAUACACACUUACACACACCACAGAGACCUACACUGUCACACUCGACACAGCGAUCAGACCGUCUCAUUACACCAUGCCUAUUAUAAUCUACAUGAGCAGUGCCAGCGGCUCCAAAGAGAUAAAGAAACAGCAGGAGGCAAUCUUCCGGUUCCUUGAUGCAAAACAUAUAAGGUACUAUGCCAAGGACAUCACGCUGCACUCAUUUCUGAAGGCUGAGAUGAGGGAGAAGGUGGGGAAUCCCAGCGCCUUGCCUCCUCAGGUCUUUAAUGGAUCGCAAUACUGCGGGGACUACGAGGCGUUCUCCGAUGCAAUGGAAAGACGCAUGCCACUGAGUUUCUUCAAAAUGGACUCUUAAGCUUAUCUUUGUGCAACAGAGCAUGGAAAAGAUGUGAUGAUGAAAUAUUUGCGAAUAAAAGAAAGGGGGGAAAAAGUUGAAGGAAAAAAUGCUUGAUGUGUUAGGUAAAGGAUUUUUCUAAGAAAUAAAAGGACACUUUUCUAAGAAAUUUACUGAACAUUUGUCAAUCAACCCAUCCCAAAAUGUACAUCUGCCUUCAGGGCAUUUGGUCAGUCAGGGUCAAUAAGUUGAGGUUUAAAAUUAGAAUAAAUAAUGUUUAUAAAUAAAAAAAUUAUGAUUUCACUAACUAGAUUUUAAAAUCACGGACUCCCUGGUUUUGUUUAUUAUACUGGACUAACACACACACACACACAUAUGUGUUAUAACUUCUGGAAUGUCUACACUAGGAUCAGGAAUCACAGUUGUGUGUGUGUGUGUGUUUGUGUGUUUACUGACACCUGCUGGUCAAUUCCUGUAGGGUUUAUGGAGUUAGAUUCUCACGGCCUCUGGGUCAGCUUCCUGCUGAGUGAGCCACGUUCACAUGGACCCAGAAGAUGGCAAGGAUUCAGUACGACAAUGUCCUGGUGUAAUAUAGCACAAUUCCUGAAAUGUUCAUUCUCUCUAAGUAUCCUUGAAGCAAAUGCUAGAUUUGUGAAAUGAGUCUGAGAUCUUCUUAGAGUUCUUUUUAGCUUUCAGUUGUCCCAUGAGACCAAAGAUGUAAUUGUUCUAUUAAAAAUCAUAUUCAUAUACUAUAUACCCACUAUCAGAAGACUGAAAAGCAAGUAAAAAUUAAAUAUGGACAAAUUCACCUGAUCUUAUCAAUUCAAAAUAUCUUGAAUAUAGUCCUGUAAUAAGAUCUCCAUAAACCAGUUACAAGAUCAUAAAAUAACAUAAGAUAAGAUUAUAAGAUUUGCUUAUUUUAAUUAUUUAUUUUGAGAACGAAUCAGUAGAGUAAGAUUUAUGUAAAUAUAUACAUGAUAUUCUGUUCACUGUAAUCUUAUAAUAAGACAUAGCCUGGAGUGUAUUUAAGAUAUGUUCAUUUGCCAAGCCGUCAUUACUGCAGUCUGUCUUUAUAAUCCUUUUGUAACUCAUUUAAAGCUUAAAAUGACCUUAUUCUGUUGCUAAUUUUGCUAUGUAAUUAGUAAAUACGUCUUUAUUCACUUAUUA